CAUUCAAAAUGGCUUCCACAGAAAGAGAAUACGGUUAUACAAAUUUAGUUGACUUGGUACUUAGCAACGAUAGAAAGGUCUCUGAUAAUCAUCCCAUCUAUAUUGAUGGAAGUACUGAAGAAACUCUCAGCUUCGGUGAGCUUAAGCAAUUGGUUGGGAAAGCAACGGCAGGUCUUAUGAAUCUUGGAUUAAAAAAAGGGGACUCACUAUGUCUUUAUACGCCAAAUAAUAUCAGUGUACCUCCAAUUGUUCUAGCUACAUUAGCAGCAGGUGGAAGCAUAUGUCCAUCUAACCCCUUAUUUACGGUGUUUGAGCUUGAAAAGAUGCUUGUUAUUUCCAGAUCCAAAUACAUUAUUGCCCAUCCUAUAAAUAUCGACUCUGCUCUCCAAGCGGCCAGAACUGUAGGCAUCUCUGAGUCUAAUGUCUGGUCUAUAUGUGAUGAUCCGAAAGGCAGAGUAAAAAAUUGGAGAGAAAUGGUUUUAAAUAUCUCAAAGACAGCAUCACCUUGUCAAUUUACUCUUGAAGAAAGUAAAUCGACAUUAGCUUACAUUUGUUUUUCCAGUGGUACAACAGGACCACCCAAAGGUGUAAUGAUUAGUCACCACAACUUUAUUUCAAGCACUGUUGCACUGAACAAUGCAAUCAAGUCUUCAUCUGAAGUGAACAAUUCAGGACCUUUGUUGGCUGUUGUUCCUUUAUUUCACAUUUUAGGUAUAUUUAGGUUUCUUCACCUGUCUGUUUUGGAGGGAAGGACCACAGUUUUGAUGGCAAGAUACGAUCUCGAGGAAUUUUGCGCUACGGUUCAAAAAUUUAAAGUAACAUCGCUUUACGUCGUACCACCAAUGCUUUUGCAACUGUUAAACUCGCCGGCGAUUGUGGAUAAAUAUGAUUUUUCGAGCGUUAAAGGUUUCCAUGCUGGAGCUGCUCCAGUCUCUAUGGAGUUAUCCCGUCAAAUUGCUAAAAGAUUCAACACUCCAGUUCUUCAAGGUUAUGGUAUGACAGAAACAUCAUCGGUUUUGACAUAUCAAACGGUUGAAAACUAUGCACCAGGGUCGGUAGGUCGUAUGCUUGAUGAUAUGCAAACAAAGGUCGUUGACGAAAACGGAAAAGAGCUUCCUAUAGGAGAUCGAGGAGAAAUUUGUGUCAAAGGCCCCAUUGUAAUGCAAGGGUAUCUGCACAACCCAAGUGCUACAGCAGAGGUUAUUGAUAAGGAUGGAUAUCUUCACACCGGAGAUAUUGGCUACGAAGACAAACACGGCAAUUGGUAUAUUGUAGACCGUUCGAAAGAACUCAUAAAAUACAAUGCGUAUCAGAUCGCACCUGCAGAACUUGAAAAUGUCUUGCUUGAAUGUCCCUUAGUAUCUGAUGCUGCUGUCAUUGGCAUCUAUGACGAGAAGAAUGAGACCGAAGUCCCAAGAGCUUAUGUUACAUUGGGGCCUAGCGGUAAAAAACUAGAUACAAAGGUAGCCGAAGCAGAGAUUCACAGAUAUGUUAAUGGGAAAGUCACGCCUUAUAAAAGACUUAGAGGCGGUAUUGUAUUUAUCGAUGUCGUCCCUAAAAGUGUUUCCGGUAAAAUUUUAAGAAAAGACUUGAGAGAGUUAUUCAAGACUGAAUCAAAAAUAACUCAGUCUAAAUUAUAAGUUUAAUAAAAUCAUAGAAAGGUUAUGAUAGCCCCUCUGAUUUUUCGAAAGACGCAUUUUACUAGCCAAGAGCCCCAAAGGACAUGUUGGGUGGCCUUAUUGAAACCAAG